AUGUCUGGGGGUCGGUUAUUAGGAUCCUAUUUUCGUCCACUACCGGCCCAUAUCCCGGCGCCGGCCCCAACCCCCCCGCCUCCACGCCGAGAGGAUCCACCCAUCGCUGUUCCCGACGAGACACAAGACGCUACCCCCGACGGCGGACAAGACAAAGCCACCGCAUUUUUGCAGCACAUUACCAUCUCCAGAGACCAGACCCAAGAGCGCCAGCAACUUGACGAGGCUGUCGCUCUGCGAGCCUUGCUGUCUCCAACGCAGAGUUCGGACCCCCACGGACAGUCACCCCAGGAGUAUCAACAUCUGUUUGACAAUCCGGACUUUGGCACUCGACUUUCUCUUAACACCGAGCCAAGCAACGACCAAAACGACCGCCACCACCGCAGCAGGGACAGCGCAUCAGGUACGGAAGACGCCAGCAGCGACGACCCCGACGUGGGCGACGAGGAAACCCGGGUUGCCAAGAAUAGGACACAUGUCAAGCAUAUUAAGUUAUACGAAGACGCCGCGUCGUAUCUCUCUCGUACCAUGGACGCGCCAGCGGUCUCGUGGCGGUCCCCAAGCCCACCCCCUAUUCAGGGGCCGUCGAGGAAGGCGCCUCUUGGGCAGGAUGAUUUUGACCAUUCACCCACCGCUGCCAUGUCGAAUUAUGGUAUAAUAAUGCCAAUCCGCCGGGAAACCGGGAUUCCAUUUUCUGCCGGGGCUCCAGUUGCCACGGGGAGCCGCUCGACCCAAUACCUGGCCAUAAACCACAAAUUCCCCGCCUCGGAUGAGUCCGAGUCUCAGACUGAACAAGAUUCCGAUGCCGCUUUGAGUCCGCCUGGGCAUCCUCCCUCGCCCGGAGCUCACGGGGACUCGACAAAGCCGCACCGACAGUGGAUGGACCCGCCGAGAUCCUCGUUUCGCCAGUCCGCACCACAACUUCUAGCUUCUGUGGCAGCCAAACACGGCCGCCCAAAGAAACGUAUAGUUGACGUUGGAGGUGACGAUGAUGAUUCCGAUGAUGAUGAUGGUGCCUAUGUCAAUAACCGGUCGCCAGAAGCCUCGAGCCCUCUUGAACUGGAAGGCCAGGCAACCCUCAGGGAGCGAAUCAGGGAGCUGCACAUGGAGCUGGAAGCACUGAAGGGCCAGCUGACCACCAAUCCGCAUACGACUGUUCGCGGGCUACCAGAUGCAGGAAUUGGAAAUCACCCACAGAGACCGGGUCAGCGGUGGCGCAAGAUCUAUCGUAUCAAAGGCGCUUGUUAUCUUGGAAAACCGGCCUGGGACCAUGAAGACCGAGGCCUUCGCCUUCGAGCAUCGAUGCCUAUCGCGAACCUUGACAGGUUUCUGGAGAACCAGGAUUUCCUCUUCAUUGUCUACAACGACUACGGCUUCGUUCAACCCUCCGAGUAUAGGCUCGAAGAGCGAGAAUGGGAAGUGCUCCCGCUGCCGGAGCCUUCGGCCCAGACCAUUUCCUUUCCAAAUAGGGCCAUGGUACAAGCCCUGGUGAAUCUAUCAAAGCUCUAUUCGGACUUCAACACUGCUUUCCCCAGCUUCGACUUCAAGAAGGAGAUUUCUACCCCUUAUCUGAGCCUUUUCUACAUGUAUCCGGAAUGGACGUCCAAAUCCCGAGAACUCGGCAGACGCGACCGGGUCUGCGUCGAGGCACUGUUUACAUACCUGGAAAAGACACUGGGACCCUUGUACCAGGAUGUGUCGGGACAGCUGUCCUCGGGUCGCAUCUCCUUGGGUGCCUUGCAAUUCUUGGUGAAGCCGGGCGACAUUGUCGUCCAGCCCAGGCCCUGCCCGACCGCUUUCAUGUUAAACGGCUGGGGCUCGAGCAAACCCUUCUGGGGCCCCCAAUCUCCAACCACAAUGGAGGAGAAGGGAACCACAUCGGACCGCGCGUCCGAGAAUACCCAUCAAGUUUGGAGCGUUGCCGGGUGGAAUUUGGAGAUAAAACAUGGGAAACUAUCGAGGCAUCAGGAAGUGCUCGAAUUGCGAAUCGACCACUCCACGACCGAGUUGUUUGACGUCACUUCGUUGGAGUGGUAUCCCCUACGGUACGCGUCCGAAGAAAUCAAGAGUUUGCUCUCAAAGCGAGGCCACACGUACUGGCAUUGCCGGGAGCGGCGGUUCGUUGGAUACUCGAACCAAGGCCACGAGCCAAAUGAGCAUGACAGUCUCCAUCCCGAGGCGGCCCAACAAAUCGAAAAAUACGAACUCGACAUCGAAGUUGACCGGAUCCAGGAGGUCAGGUGGAAUAAGAAGGCUUUUGAAAACCUUGUGGUGGACGACGACACCAAGCACCUUGUUGAGGCACUGAUAUCAAACCAGGUCAAGACCGAGAUGUCGACGGAUCUCAUCAGCGGCAAAGGGAACGGCUUGAUCAUGUUACUUCACGGUGUUGCCGAGUUGGCAGAGAAGCCCCUCUACAGAGUCACCUGCGGCGAUAUUGGGACAAAGCCCGAGCAAGUGGAGAAGUAUCUGGAAACGGUCUUGUUGCUGGGAAAGAUUUGGGGUUGUGGUAUUCUUAUCCUCACCUCCAACCGGGUCGGGACCUUUGACCAGGCCUUCAAAUCGCGCAUCCAGCUCGCACUUCACUACGAGAACCUUAAGAAGCCGCAGCGGCGCAAGAUUUGGCGCAACUUCUUGACACGGCUACGCGACGUGGGCGAGGCGGGGGUUGACUACGACGACCUGAACGACCACAUCGACGAUCUAGCUGAGGAAGACAUGAACGGGCGCCAGAUCCGCAACGCCAUUACCACAGCGAGGCAGCUGGCUCAAUUUAGGGGUCAGAAAUUGUCGUUUGCGCAGUUGAAGCACGUUAUUGCUGUUGCGGGGAGGUUUGAGGGGUAUUUAAAGGGGGUUCAAGGGGGGUAUACGGAUGAUCAACUGGCUAGAAACGACGGCGUGCGGUGA